CCCUCUUGCACAGUGCACUGAAGUUACAGACACACACACUUGUUCUGCAGUCAGCGUGUGUUCUCCAUCCGUCUCUGUGCUCCGCUCUGACACGGCAACUCUGAGUUUCAUCUGAAGUCAUGAACGCUGGGAUCUGUGUGUGUGUGCUGCUGGCUGCGCUCUCCAGCAGCAAUUGCUUUGCGCUCCCCACACACUCGCAGGAAGAGGGUCAAUCCGACCGCGGCACUGUAGCAGAACACUACCGCCACACCCGCGCAGCGCCCCCUGGUGCACAACUCAACCUGCUGUCUGACACAGAUGAGCGUGAAGACACCCGCAGCAGCCUCACUGAACUACUGGCCAGAAUCAUCACUGCCAAAGGUGCAUACCGCAGAAGUCCGUCACUUAACAGCAGGUCCACUUCUCACAGGAUAAAAGACAGAGACUAUAUGGGCUGGAUGGACUUUGGCCGACGGAGCGCAGAGGAGUACGAAUACACCUCAUAAGACCCAUUUAACCAGUCACAUCAAACAACUGAUCUGUAAAGAAACAGAAUAUCACCUGUCCAGAGCUCUACUACCACUUCAGUAAAUUUGUUUGUAUAAUGAAGAAAAUGCGAUAUGUGUCCACCUAAACAUAUUUAUUUUGCAGAAAAAAAUGAGUGAGAAUGUAGUCUCUAUUGCUUUUGUUCUCAUAACUCGUGUAUAUAUGAAUUUUUCCUCACGUUAGACCGGUCUCUACAAAUAAAUCAUGCCUUAAAGCCACAAUAUGGAAGAAUUUUGUUGUGAAAUAUCCAAAAAUCAUUUGCACAGUGUGAUAUAUUUCAUGCAGUUGUGUACUUACAUUAUCCCAAAUGUUCCCAAGAAUGUGCAAAUCCAGAGAAAUUCCUAUUUAAAAUAAUGGCCCGUCCCUUGUCUCCCUUGUAUUUGUCGCAUAUCAGUGACUUAAUAUCCGGUGCUCCGCACUACCCUCAGUUUCCUGUUGUAGAAACUACGGCAACACGCAAAUGCGGAAGUGGUUAUAGUUAUACAGCAUCUAGGACGCAGCAUCUGUUGUUCUCUUAUUAUGGGUCACGAUUACUCUUUGGCGAGUAAAGGAAACCCAAAAAAGCGUAAACGUAGGCCAAAUGAGGCAAGCAGGCUUAUGGACAAACGAAGAAAUAAAACAAGGAUUAAUAUCGGCGUGGCGUUUUCUAAAUGGAGAGAGCUUCGUGACCAACUUGGACUCCACAGAGACUCCACUCUCGCAUGUGUUUUAAUAGACUAGCACAUUUUUUUAUUGUACAUGAAAUACUCAUGCACAGAUUAUUUGAAUAGUUAUGAAUGCAGUUACCCUAUGAAAUACAGUAUAUGUCGCACAAAAAUAUGUAGCCAAUAACGUUACUUGUAAAUGCUGUGGGUUUGUUCCAAUUUACUUUUUAAACGACAACUGUAUGACUGUUUUAAACGGGUACAACUGUGUAUGUAAUUCCAUUGCUAAGCUUGCAAGCUAAUUCAUUACGAUGACAUAAAAUAAAAUAAAUUCAUUACCUCGUCCGUGAACAUGAUGGGCGAUCUCCUUACGCCUCUGGAUGGUGAAAACGACAUGUCCCAUGAUUCCACUCUCCUACAUGACGUCAUUUAGCUUCGCCUUUUGUUGUUGUUUCGAAAGUGCGCCAUCUAGCGGUCCAAAUAUUCCAUAUUGUGGCUUUAACUCACUCAUCUAACCUCUCAGUAGCUUUUGUAAUUUAUUUUCUGUCUUAUAAAUGUACUUUAAAUGCCUCCAAGUAGGUUGCAGCACAAGUGCAAUAUAAAAUAAAACCAAAGACACCACAGUUAUUUUACUUUAAAUGGGGAAAAGUGCAACGCUCUUGUGACGGAAGUCCCGCCUUUCAGUAAAAAAGAGCCAAUCGUCAAUAGACCAGCGAUAGUCCGGUGGAGGAGCUUUGUAGAGUGUGUAACAGGCUUAUGAACACAAUCACAAAAAAACUCGGGUAGUGUUGUUUUAGCAGAAUUUGAGAAUUUAUGGUACAGUUGAUGUUUGGUUUAAUCGUUGGAGGGAAAUAUGUUGUUUUAUUGUGACCUUAGCGAGCAAUUUUAUAUUUUAUGACUGAAAUAUCUGCCUGGAGACGCUGCAAACGCGGCCACAAAGUGCGGAGACUUUCCGUAAAGAUACUGUUAUUAAUUGUACGCACGUAAACAUCGUGGAAAAUUUAUAAACCCAGAGUAAUAUUAGCUUUUGUUAGCAUGUAGCUUCUGCGCUCCAUCUUCUCCAAACCUAUAACAGCUUAGUUUUGCCAUCUACUGUAUGUAGUGUUGAGAGACCGAGCUCACAGAUUACAGUUAAUGAUCUUAUUACAGACACUUUCUCUUAUUCCCCCCCGAAGCUGAACGUCUAACAUUACAGCACCAGCCAUCAACGCCAAACCACUUUCCGUUUCCCGAGGGACCAAUUACAGUUCAGGCAAUAACACCCGAUUCUGCUGUACCGAGAAACCCGGUGAGAAAUGAAGCGAGACAGAGAACCACGUGCAGACAGUUAGACGGGAGCCGAUGUUUUGUGGUUUAUUACGCAAACACUCGAGUUAGCACAUAAUGGAUGAAUACGUAAGCAUGAAGGGCUGCGCCAAACAAAAAGAGCCAUUAUGACACAGGUGUGCUUCAGUGAAUGAGAUUUCAUCCUGUUACACAAUAUAAAGUGAAGCAAUAAAUGCAGGCUUACACACACAGCGCCUACAACAUGAAAAGGUUUGCGGCAAGGGCAAUUAAAUGUGUUCUGGCAAUAGACUCAUUGUCUGAGCCAACUUGUCAAUUAUCUUCCUCUCACCCCCUCCCCACAGACAAACGCAUCUUUAAAGUGUUUUCCACAAAUGACUGUUACUAAGGUGUUUAUUUGGACACUUUUUAACACAGGUAACUUUAUACUUAUUCUCUCAGUGGAUUAAAAGUAGUACACAUAGGCUACACAGAAGUGUUAGCUAAUAUUGAUGGGCAGUAUAUCUGUAUUAAUCUUGCGGUUCAUGAAUCAUUCAUAUUAAUGAAAACUAAUAAAUAAAAGCUAACAAAGACUUUAAAGUCCACAUGAUAUCAAAAUGUACGUUUUUUUUCUUUUAGUAUGAAGGAUAUCUUUAAAGUGGUUUACUCCAAAACAGUGACAAAAUUUGUAUUUAGGGGAUAAGCAAACACUGUUGUCAUGCAUGACAUAAAUAACAUAUCACUGCUGUCACUCUUUUGUUUCUGUAGUAACGGUUUCAUAUUAAAUCAAAAUUUGGGAAUCUAUUAAGAUUUUUUUUUUCAAAAAAAUUUGAAGCUCAAUAUCUCAAAACUGCUCAGAAUGACAAAAGAACAUUAUAAUUCCAAGGUGGCAAGCUGUCAACAUAUUAAAUCAUUUAAUACUGUAUAUAUUCGAAAAUCUAUCUAGUCUAUCAAGGGUUGGUCAAACCAGGCCAGAAUAUAUGCACUGAAGUUUGGGUUAGAGGUUUAUUAAACUAGGCCUAUAUUUAUUUACUAUAUACAGCGCCAUAAAACCAAUUUCAUAUCAUUUAAAUGCUAUAGUUUUAAAAUCAUAAAAAGGAAAAAGUUAUCCUUUAAGUAUCUCUACAAGGCCUACAUACAAGGUUACAUUUUAGGGUGAACUAUCCCUGUACACUGGAGUACUAUACAAUAAUAAUUAUGAACACUAUGUAGAGACUUUUAACCAUAUAACAAAAAAAUGGGGGAAAAAAACUGGGCUAUCGAAUGCAAUAACAUGCAGUUUUACACUUGUGCAUCCACAAUAACCUGCAGUGUUUCUAUGGGCCCCCAUAUAAUGAAAAUGUAUUUUCCUAUUAACUCUGCCUAUCUGACUUUAGUAAUUCACAUAUUCUUUUUCUGUGACAACUUAUUUACAUUACGUGGUGUUUUUUCUUUACAUUGUGUACAUUUUGGGGCUUUUUUAAGAAAACAAAAAGGAAAAGUUUUUAAGAAAAGUGUUUAUCACGUCAAAUGUAAGGGAAAAAAUUUGAAGCUCAAUAUCUCAAAACUGCUCAGAAUUACAAAAGAACAUUAUAAUUCCAAGGUGGCAAGCUGUCAACAUAUUAAAUCAUUUAAUACUGUAUAUAUUCGAAAAUCUAUCUAAAAUCGGGAAAAAAACUGGGCUAUCGAAUGCAAUAACAUGCAGUUUUACACUUGUGCAUCCACAAUAACCUGCAGUGUUUCUAUGGGCCCUCUUGUGUCAGAGAAUGUCAUCCAAAUAUCAUCACAUUAAAAAUAAAUAAC